AAAGCCCAACAGUGAAAAUAUCUGAAAAUUUACCUUACCGACUCCACUUAAAUUUCUGGUGCUCAAUUUCUCUGCAAAUCUAAAUGGCCUCUCUCUGCAGUCACCCCCACACAUUUCUACCCGCUGUCAAUCGGCCACCGUCGCCUAGCCUUAAGCCCCUCCGGGUUCCGCCCGUAUCCGCUUCCAAAUCCGAAACAUCUGCUCCAAACAAAGACGAAGAAGAGGAAACGACGAGCUUAACGGUGAGUGAGAGAGGAAGGGAAAAGGGAAGACUUGUAAUUGCCGAGGAAUUGAAGCAGAGAGAGACGAGAGGGAGGAGAGAAGAAGUGAGCAGGAAGAUAGCUUCAAGGAAGGCUAUUUCCGUCAUCCUGCGAAGAGAGGCCACCAAGGCUUUUAUCGAAAAAAAGAGAGGACCUAACAAUUCCAAGAAGUUGCUUCCGAGGACUGUUCUCGAAUCCCUUCACGAGAGAAUCACUGCUUUGCGUUGGGAAUCUGCUCUUAAGGUUUUUGAGUUACUACGGGAGCAGCUUUGGUAUAGACCCAACGCUGCUAUAUACAUCAAGCUUAUUGUUUUGCUUGGGAAAUGCAAGCAGCCUGAUAAAGCCUAUGAGCUCUUUCAGGCUAUGAGCGAUGAAGGUUGUGUUAUGAACCAUGAAGCCUACACUGCUCUCUUGUCUGCCUACAGUCGGAGCGGUCUCUUUGAUAAAGCAUUUUCCCUUUUAGAGGAGAUGAAAGACACUCCUAUUUGUCACCCUGAUGUGCAGACCUACUCCAUCCUCAUCAAAUCAUGCCUGCAGGUUUUUGCCUUUGAUGAAGUACGCGCCUUGCUUUCCGACAUGGCAAGUCAGGGAAUCAGGCCCAACACAGUUACAUACAACACCCUUAUCGAUGCCUAUGGCAAAGCAAAAAUGUUUCAAGAGAUGGAAAUGACACUCGUGGAGAUGCUUAGAGGGAAGGAUUGCGAACCAGAUGUUUGGACCAUGAACUCCACAAUUAGAGCCUUUGGCAGCAGUGGGCAAAUUGAAACCAUGGAGAAGUGUUACGAGAAGUUUCAGAGUGCUGGUAUCCAGCCCAAUAUUAAGACCUUCAACAUUCUGCUAGAUUCUUAUGGAAAAACUGGAAACUACGAGAAGAUGAGUGCUGUAAUGGAAUAUAUGCAAAAAUACCAUUACUCGUGGACGAUUGUUACCUACAAUGUAGUGAUAGAUGCCUUUGGAAGGGCUGGUGAUUUGAAACAGAUGGAGUAUUUGUUUAGGCUAAUGCGGUCAGAAAGAAUCAAGCCUAGUUGUGUCACACUUUGCUCUCUAGUAAGGGCUUAUGGUCAAGCUGGGAAAGCUGAAAAAAUUGCUGGUGUUUUGCGGAUCAUUGAGAAUUCGGAUGUAACAUUGGACAUUGUGUUCUUCAACUGUCUAGUGGAUGCUUACGGUAGGAUGGGAUGCUUUGCAGAGAUGAAGGGGGUGCUUGAAAUGAUGAAGCAAAAAGGAUAUAAACCUGAUAAGAUCACAUAUAGAACCAUGAUUAAGGCUUACUCUAUCAGUGGUAUGACUAGCCAUGCAAAGGAGCUUCGCAAUCUUGUUGAGUCAGCGGCAGGGUCAUCUUUGGGGAUGCCAAAGCCUGAUUUCCGACAACCAGAAUAUUACAGGUCAUAUUCCUGAGAUCUAAUGUAUAUUUUCAUUUUUUCCCCCUUAUGUUGUAAAUUUACAUCAGCACCAUGAGUAAAAUGAAAUACAGAUCACCACUUCUGUAUAAGUUUGCCUCAUUUAAUUCAACUUUGUAAUUUAAUAGCUCUAUGUGUGCUGUUAUUGUUGAGAAAAUUAAACAUUCAUUGAACCGGAGUUGACAUCCUUCAAUUCAAAUCUCAACAUCCCAACGUCCUAACUCUUUUUUUUUUUAUCCCAACUCCAUGACCUUCCUUUUGUUAGAAAAAAGAAACCCUUUCAACUUUAAAGUUCCCUCCUAUGGCAAACCGUUGAAUGCAGUAUGGAAACAGUUGGUUAAUAUCUAUACUCUUUCAACUUUAUGUACUAUUCUUGAUUGUUACUCUUCAUCGGUGAAGGUUGUAAUCUCACUCUGCUUUGCUAACUCUGCCUUUUGCUUUUCGAACUCGGAGAGGAACUACUUGGCUGCUGUUCAUCCCUGAUGCUGAUGAUAUUACUUGAUGGAGCCACUUUCUCAUUGUUGCCAUCCUGCUUUCGGUUGAUCCUGCCAUCGUUGGCUGAUUAUGAGAUGGAUCUUCAUAAAGGUGGCCAGAAGCAAUUUUUGUCAUAGCAAAAGACAUACAUAGUGAAAUUCAACAUUCUAUGAUUAAUGUAAAACAAAAGUAAUAAUUGUGAUUUAGAAAUUCCUAA